ACGAUGUCCCAGAGUUUCACGGGCAAAAUUAGGAGUCCUGAAAGUCACGCAAUAUGUUUGGGCGCCGAUCCCUCCCCCCCCUCUUGGGGCGGUACCAGCGCUGGAUGGAGGGUAAAGUGGUUGUCAUUUUGUAAACUACAGUCGGUGGGACAUGUGUCAUGAAGAUGUGGUGUCAGUUCACUGUUUGCAAGUGAGUACAAUGAGUCGUUGUUGGUGCUUCAGAGAGUUUACUUUGAUGAGCUGUAUCUUGAGGAAAUGGUGUUGUGAUGUAUAGUCUCGUGACUCCGAAGUUCAUUUCUAGAGGCGUUAUCGUGAUGAUUUUUAGUUUUAGAGGCGUUGAUGUUCAGUUCUGAGGCGUUGAUGUUCAGUUCUGAGGCGUUGGUGUUCAGUUAUGAGGCGUUGAUGUUCAGUUCUGAGGCGUUGAUGUUCAGUUCUGAGGCGUUGGUGUUCAGUUCUGAGGCGUUGAUGUUUAGUUCUGAGGCGUUGGUGUGACGGUGCUCUUGUCUAAUGUUUUCAUCGGAUGCUUAAUAAACUCUUCCUAGAGUCUGUGAUGUCUGGGGCACGCCUUUCCUUUGCCUGGACUUCUGGACAAUUGACAUUGGCCCAACCAAAGAAUUCUUUGAGCUAUUCCUCGGAUAUCGUCUUCCCAGACUUGGAUUACGAAUCAACUUUUGUUAGGCAUCGAGCCUCUAGCUAUUAUACUUUAAACAGUGUGUUACAGAGAGAAGUCCCAAGUAUGUCCCACAAGUCAAGUCUACGCCAUUUACACGCAACUAAUGACACUCGAAUGGUCGUUCCAAGCCCGAGACUGAAUAGACACUUCGAAGAGCAUCACCGGCAGUUAUUUUUUCACAAUUUCAAAGAUUAUUUUCCAGACUUCAGUGGAUUGACGCCAUCAGAUCUCAAUCUCGCGUUCCUCAGUGGUCUCUUGCAAAGGGUUUUCCCAAACCUGUCACCGCACCACGCCCUGAUGAUUAUGCCGCAUGCAAACCAACAUGUUUUACCCGACUACGCGGGACACAUUAGCUCGGGGUUCGAACUAAAACAAUACAAAGAGAGACCUGGUUUCGAGGCCUCGACGGAGUGUGCCAUACGCUCCGAAUCCGAAUUAAAAGAUUCAUGUAGAUGUAGUGAAGAUGAGCGUAGCAUGUGUAAAGAAAGUGAGAGAGAUCCGAAGCCAUUUGAAAUGACCACGUAUCUGAGCCAAAUCAAGGAAGACAAUCUAAACUUUUACAUCACACAGAGUGCAAAGAAACCUAGAAAUAGAACAACAUUUACCAGUGAACAACUUGAGGCCAUGGAACGAGCAUUUCGUAGAGUCCCGUAUCCGGAUGUGGUAACUAGGGAGGAACUAGCACAGAAACUGUCGCUCCACGAGUCCCGCGUUCAGGUUUGGUUUCAAAACCGCCGAGCUAAAUGGAGGAGAAAUGCCAACAGUCAAAACUUGAGUGAAGUAACCAACAACAGUAAAAUACCGCCAGACAUUUCUCCAACAGAGAAGCUGAGCAGUAAAUCCUCUCUUCCUAGUCCAGUGCCUCACACGAAGGAGAUAAAGUCUAAAUAAGGGAAGAUAGAUACACUCUACGGGAAUCCAUGCAUUAAUCUAUUCGUGCAUGUUAGCUAGAGACUCUGUUUAAGCCCUGGCUAAUCCGCACACUAACUGCCAGUAAGCAGGACGAAGCACUUAUAGAUGUAUAUCUAUGUUCAAGCGAUUGGUCUCGGUUCAAGCAAAUGGGAUCGGAUUUGUGACUUUUAUCUUUCUGAGUAUUUUAUUAGUUUUUGUGUGUGUCUAUUUUCGAAAUACAGUUCAGUGUUUUAUGUAUUAUUGUUAUUUUACUUUUUAGUCUUCUGUCCUGAAGUGUCUCCAAAUUUAGGGAUUUUACUAAAAAAAAUGUGUACUAUAUUCCACUAUGAAUAUAUUUUUUUUUAUAAACCCCACUCUAAAUAAUGACUCCACUUAUAAAAGAAUACCCGAGCGUGUAAAUGCUUACUAUUAACUAAUUACAUAUCUCAUUAAUUGUAGGUCUUAUGAUAGACGAAGGUGAAAAAUUUAUGCAAAUAUUCCUUACCAUAGGAAAACUUAAUAAUAGGAAAGUAAAAAUGGAAGGAACUAAAAAUUAUUUUUGUUGAACAGCCAUUUUCCUUACCAAUUCCAUUAAUAUUUCCUGAAUUCCCAUCCAAGAUCAUGUCGUCUUUGGUUCAAAACACUUCUACAUCAACGCAGAUGGUAGGGUUCGGGCAAGUUUUAUUAUCCCUAAUUAGUAUUGAUCUUAUCGGCUACUUGUGACCUAACAGAGUUUAUUCAGCUCUCCACCGUGGAAAAAAGGAUUGUAUUAUUUGGUAAGAUCUAAGGGAACAGUACCAGGGAAAAGAAGAAGAGGCAGACAGAGGGAGCGAAGGGAAGGAUAACAUAAAAAAAAUGGACAGGACUGUGUCUCUGAAUGCAAUUUCAUCCAUCCAAGGCAAAAGAGGAAUGGAGAAACACGAUCAGCGGCACAUGUGUGGUACCCCAACGGUUCAACAGACUAAGGGAUAGGUGAAGUUGAAGUUUAUCUUCCAUAUCACCAAAACCAAUCGUAAAACAUAAUGAUAUUCUAUGUGAAAUUUCUACAAAUCAAAUAAGAACAUUAAACUAGACUAUUAUUAAACCUUGGUUAGGCCAAUAAUAGAAUAUGCAUCCUCUGUUUGGGACCCCUCUACUCAAGAUAACAUUAAGAAACUGGAACAGACACAAAAUAGAGCAGUGAGAUUCAUAACAAACGAAUAUUCACAUUUGACUAGAGUAACACCUUUAGUAAAAUCACUAAAUUUAGAA